CCCGCCCCGCGGCGGAGAGGUCACGGCGUGAGGCCGCCGCCGUGAUCAACGCGAGGUCGGAGUGCAGGGCUGCAUCAUGGCCUACUGCCGGCAGGAAGGGAAGGAUCGAAUUAUAUUUGUGACCAAAGAAGACCACGAGACUCCAAGCAACGCAGAGUUGGUGGCUGACGACCCCAAUGAUCCGUACGAGGAGCAUGGACUGAUCCUGCCAAACGGAGACAUCAACUGGAACUGCCCAUGCCUUGGGGGGAUGGCCAGCGGCCCGUGCGGGGAACAGUUCAAGGCAGCCUUUUCCUGCUUCCACUACAGCAAGGAGGAUGUCAAGGGGUCGGACUGUGUGGACCAGUUCCGGGCCAUGCAGGAGUGCAUGCAGAAGUACCCAGACCUCUACCCCCAGGAGGAGGAGGAGGAGGAGGAGGAGAAGCCAGCAGAUCCCUUGCGGGGAGCAGCUGCCUCCGAGGCCAGUGCAGCCAGAGAGGCGGCGGCAUCGAGCUAAUGGUGGCCGGGGCACUGGCUCCGGCGCCUUCAGAGCCCAGACGAGCGUCUCCAGGAAAGUGUCUCUUCCCUCCGUUCUGUGCACUGUAAUGUACAAAUAAGUUAUUGUGCUGAUUGGGGUCUUGGCCCCUUGCCGUAUAUACACUGAAAAACGGGGUUGUGUGUAUGUGUGUCUCACACGAACCUGUUGGUGAAUGUCGCUGCCACUCUUGAGUCCUCAGAUUGUCCUGAAUUUUGCCACUUGGAAAUAACGUGCUGAGUCAUCUCAGCAACCAGAAAUCACUAUCUGGGAGUGACUUUUGUGAGUGAGCUGAUUUGUUUUGAUUCUUUGUGUUCCUUUUAGUAGAUUUUAUACCCAGUUGGAAAGUGAAAUAGAAACAAAACGUUUUCCCUUACAAAUGCUGGAGUGGGGCCAUUCCUUGUAGCAGAGGUGAGACGAUCAGCCCUCGGGUAUUUGAGGAGGCAGUAGGCUUCGUUUCUGGUUCCUUCUGGUUUCCAGUUUUGCCUUGAGCUCCAGGUUUUCUGCGGUUAGAAAGCAGAGCUUUGGACUCUGAGUGAAUCCCUUCGUAAGUGAAAAGCUCUGCUCUGGGACUGCGGUCACACUGGUUCUGUCUCAGCUUGUUCAGAUGCAGUGCUCCUAAGAGGUGGGGACCUAAUCAUUACCAGACUGCGAGGCAAGAGAGGAAACGGUGUCCAUUAAAAGGAAAACAUGGUUUUUA